AUGAAGCGACAGGAAGGUGGCGGCAAGGCAUGUGAGUUGCCUGGGGGCGACGAGGGGGCCAACAAUCCAGGCAUCGGCGAUCCCAUUACCUACCAGCCGGGACCUCCAUCACCUACCUGCAACUCUGGGUGCGGCGUUCUCUGUCGUGGACACUACUGCGUGCCGGGCCCCACUGGCUAUCCGCCGGACUACUGGGAUCCGCUGGACCGGCGCACAAGCCAACAACGGAUCGGCCCCACACAAACCACAACCAGGAACCCGACCACUCGCGGCAGCCCAACCACCCGUGGGCCCAUGACGACUGCCGGAGACGACGCGCCGGCCGGCCUUCCCACGCUUACUGGAUCAAUCAUCACUGGAGGCACCGUCGGUUGUGGCAGCCCUGGUAACGGCGGUUGCGACUACCUCCUGUUUUGCGCCAGCGGCUACUGUGCCCGUGUUGUCCAGGUGCCCUGCCUCGAGGCAAUGAUGAACAUCUACGCAGGCGGGGCGUCCGGCAUUGACAUCACAAUUACCGUCAAAGAGGACGGUAUCGAGACUUGCAAGGGAAAGUCCAAUUGCAGUUUCUGGGGUCUCAGACAGUGCAAUAAGGAGCAAACCGUCGCUCGGGGGGGCAGCAACAGCAUGAUGGUCCACUUCAACUUAAUCAACUAUGAGAGAAGAAGUACAACGCGCAAUACCCGAUUUAUGUAG